UCUAUUAUUAAGAUGAGACUUCAACUUCAGAGCUUAAUUUGUGCUUACUUUUUGGCGAUCAUUGGUCAUUCAAGUACACGCCAGUUCAACGCCUCAUUUCAUAAUUCACCUCACGGUCAAAAUAACAGCUCUGUUAAUUUAUCAUCACCGGCGGUGAUUUCGACCAUAAUUGGAGGCGUUAAUAGCAUAGACCGACCAUUUUAUAUCCGCAUUGUAAACACUGGUAAUUACGAGUUCUGCGGUGGAUCGAUUGUAAAUAGUUUUUGGAUUAUCACAGCUGCUAGUUGUGUUUAUGAAUAUACAGAAGAUUAUUUGCUGGUCGAGACUGGAGAUUUCACCCGUGGAGACGACGACACAGAAUCCUAUCAUGUCGAAAAAGUUUUCCUUGCUGACGGCUUCUCAAUGCGUGAGCUAGUGAACAACCUGGCGCUUCUUAAACUGUCCAUUCCGAUGCCCAUUCGGCUGUUCGGACAGUUACCCGUUUGCACGAAAGAGAAGCCACACGGCACACGUCUCGGCUCAUGUGGCAUGGGAGCAGAUGAAAUGAUGUCAGAUCACGGAUUCAAUUUCCCCUACAGGCUUCAAGAAACUUAUUUCACUGAAGUCAAAUUUGUCAGUUCUGGUCCAUUCAACUUAGACUGGUGUCGCGAAGACAACGUCUGCACAGAACCAGUUUUGGAAGACUCAAGUUCGUGUUUUUACGACGAAGGGAAUCCGCUUUACUUAUUUCAUUGUGAAACGCGAGUUCCUUAUUGUCUUUACGGCGUUGGAAGUUACACCCUUCAUAAAAGGAAUCGACAGAGAUUGAGAUGCAAUGGCGGAAGUUUCUUCACGAACGUGCCGCAUUUCUACCAGUGGAUUGUCAAUAUUAUAAGCCAUAACUGACUCAUAAAAAAGUGCAUAUUUAGAUCUCGUUUUCGCUAUAACUACACCUCCCCCCACCCCCAAUGGGACCCAGUAAUGAUGUUCACCCUUUUAAGGAUGAAAUCUAACUUGUAACUAAAUCUAACUUAAAUCUAAUUUUGUACCUAAAUUCUCUCAUCUCUCCUUAAGUAGUGGGGUGGCAGGGGUGUUAUAGCAGGGGGCGGGGUGACAGGGUUACAUGUUAAAUAUAUAGAUCCGUAGUUUUAAAAAGCCGAUGAAAUUUAAAUUGAAUUAAUUUUAAUUCACGCGAGAUUGACAUUCAUCAUUGGAAGCUUAAUGUUUGAUGUGCCGUUUUCUGAAACACCAGUAUCAUACCACCUUGAAAGCUACUCCUGUCAUUGCCAUGGUUCAUGGUUAUUCAAAUUAAACUUAAGUAAUCUGUGUGAAGUUAUGAGUUGUGACUUUACUUUGAUGUAGAUAGAUUGUAUUAUGACGCUAAAGUCAUAACCAGCAUGCAUGUGAUCAGCCUUGUUGUUCCGAUUUUCGAAGAAAACGGAAUAUUUAUACUUGGUGUGGUUUUUUAUGCAGUCAAAUUAUGGUGAUCGAAAUUUUGUGCAAAAAUUGGGAGUUUGAAAACUUUCAAUUUAUCCAUUAUGCUGAAGCGCUGAGCCUAAAAAUUGUUUAUGCUCCAUUGAAGAU